AUGCCGAGCAGGCCAGCUUCACCCGCCGUCAACAAAGCGAUGCAGAAGGACUACGAGGAAUAUAAUGUUGGGGUGCUGGACAUCUACGGCUUCGAGAUCUUCCAGAAAAACGGCUUUGAGCAAUUCUGCAUCAAUUUUGUGAACGAGAAGCUGCAGCAGAUUUUCAUCGAGCUCACGCUGAAGGCAGAGCAGGAGGAGUACGUCCAGGAAGGGAUUCGGUGGAGCCCCAUCGAUUAUUUCAACAACAAAAUCGUCUGCGACCUGAUCGAGAGCAAAGUGAACCCGCCGGGGCUCAUGAGCAUCCUGGAUGACGUGUGCGCCACCAUGCACGCCAAGGGUGAGGGCGCCGACCAGAGCCUGCUGCAGAAGCUGCAGAUGGCCGUGGGCACCCACGAGCACUUCAACAGCUGGAACAAGGGCUUCAUCAUCCACCACUACGCUGGCAAG